GAAGGAAGCGUUCGCGGUGAUCCCGGCGGCUGCGCUGGGCUAUGCGGUACCUCUUAGCGUGGUUGCUGCACAGUGCGCUGCCCAGUACCUUCCGCUCCGUCCUCAGCGCCCACCUGUCGCCCUUGGAACACCUCUAUAGUUUCCAAAAAAAGACUUACAGCAAAAUGAAUAAUCCAGCUAUCAAGAGAAUAGGAAAUCACAUUACCAAAUCUCCUGAAGACAAGCGGGAAUACCGUGGGGUAGAGCUGGCUAAUGGCAUCAAAGUACUUCUCAUCAGCGAUCCCACCACGGAUAAGUCAUCAGCAGCACUUGAUGUACACAUAGGUUCAUUGUCAGACCCUCCAAAUAUUGCUGGCUUAAGUCAUUUUUGUGAACAUAUGCUAUUUCUGGGAACAAAGAAAUACCCUAAAGAAAAUGAAUACAGCCAGUUUCUCAGUGAGCAUGCAGGAAGUUCAAAUGCUUUUACUAGUGGAGAACAUACCAAUUACUAUUUUGAUGUUUCCCAUGAACACCUAGAAGGUGCCCUGGACAGGUUUGCACAGUUUUUCCUGUGCCCGUUGUUUGAUGCGAGUUGCAAAGACAGAGAGGUGAAUGCAGUUGAUUCAGAACACGAGAAGAAUGUGAUGAACGAUGCCUGGAGACUCUUUCAGUUGGAAAAAGCUACAGGGAAUCCCAAACACCCCUUCAGCAAAUUUGGGACAGGUAACAAAUAUACUCUAGAAACGAGACCAAACCAAGAAGGCAUUGAUGUAAGACAAGAACUACUGAAAUUCCAUUCUACUUAUUAUUCAUCCAACUUAAUGGCUAUUUGUGUUUUGGGUCGAGAAUCCUUAGAUGACUUGACUAAUCUGGUGGUGAAGUUAUUUUCUGAAGUAGAGAACAAAAAUGUUCCACUGCCAGAAUUUCCCGAACACCCUUUCCAACAAGAGCAUCUUAAACAACUUUACAAAAUAGUACCCAUUAAGGAUAUUAGGAAUCUUUACGUGACAUUUCCCAUACCUGAUCUUCAGAAAUACUACAAAUCAAAUCCUGGCCAUUAUCUUGGUCAUCUUAUUGGGCAUGAAGGUCCUGGAAGCCUGUUAUCAGAACUUAAAUCUAAGGGCUGGGUAAAUACUCUUGUUGGUGGGCAGAAGGAAGGAGCCCGAGGUUUUAUGUUUUUUAUCAUUAAUGUGGACUUGACUGAGGAAGGAUUAUUACAUGUUGAAGAUAUAAUUUUGCACAUGUUUCAAUACGUUCAGAAGUUACGUGCAGAAGGACCUCAAGAAUGGGUUUUCCAAGAGUGCAAGGACUUGAAUGCUGUUGGUUUUAGAUUUAAAGAUAAAGAAAGACCACGGGGCUAUACAUCUAAGAUUGCAGGAAUAUUGCAUUAUUAUCCCCUAGAAGAAGUGCUCACAGCUGAAUAUUUGCUGGAAGAAUUUAGACCUGAUUUAAUAGAGAUGGUUCUCGAUAAGCUCAGACCAGAAAAUGUUCGGGUUGCAGUAGUUUCCAAAUCUUUUGAAGGAAAAACUGAUCGCACAGAAGAGUGGUAUGGAACCCAGUACAAACAAGAAGCCAUACCAGACGAAGUCAUUGAGAAAUGGCAAAAUGCUGACCUGAAUGGGAAAUUUAAACUUCCAACAAAGAAUGAAUUUAUUCCUACAAAUUUUGAGAUUUUAUCAUUAGAAAAAGAAGCAACACCAUACCCUGCUCUUAUUAAGGACACAGCUAUGAGCAAACUCUGGUUCAAACAAGAUGACAAGUUUUUCUUGCCAAAGGCUUGUCUCAACUUUGAAUUUUUCAGUCGCUACAUUUAUGCUGACCCUCUCCAUUGCAACAUGACAUACCUGUUUAUCAGGUUACUGAAGGAUGAUUUAAAAGAGUAUACAUAUGCAGCACGCCUCUCAGGUUUGAGCUAUGGCAUUGCAUCAGGAAUGAAUGCAAUACUUCUCUCAGUGAAAGGUUACAAUGACAAACAACCAAUUUUGCUAAAGAAGAUAAUUGAGAAAAUGGCUACCUUUGAGAUUGAUGAAAAAAGAUUUGAAAUUAUCAAAGAGGCAUAUAUGCGAUCUCUUAACAAUUUUCGGGCUGAACAGCCUCACCAGCAUGCCAUGUACUACCUCCGCUUGCUGAUGACUGAAGUAGCCUGGACUAAAGAAGAGUUAAAAGAAGCCCUGGAUGAUGUCACCCUCCCUCGCCUUAAGGCCUUCAUACCUCAGCUUCUGUCCAGGUUGCACAUUGAAGCCCUUCUUCAUGGAAACAUAGCAAAGCAGGCUGCGUUAGGAAUUAUGCAGAUGGUUGAAGACACUCUUAUUGAACAUGCUCAUACCAAACCUCUUCUUCCAAGUCAGCUGGUUCGGUAUAGAGAAGUUCAACUCCCUGACAGAGGAUGGUUUGUUUAUCAGCAGAGGAAUGAAAUUCACAAUAACUGUGGCAUUGAGAUAUACUACCAAACAGACAUGCAGAGCACCUCGGAGAACAUGUUUCUGGAGCUCUUCUGUCAGAUCAUCUCUGAGCCUUGCUUCAACACCCUGCGUACCAAGGAGCAGCUGGGCUAUAUCGUCUUCAGCGGACCACGUCGAGCCAAUGGCAUACAGGGCUUGCGAUUUAUCAUCCAGUCAGAAAAGCCACCUCACUACCUAGAAAGCAGAGUGGAAGCUUUCUUAGUUACAAUGGAAAAGUCCAUAGAGGACAUGACGGAAGAGGCCUUCCAAAAACAUAUUCAGGCAUUAGCAAUUCGUCGACUAGACAAACCAAAGAAACUAGCUGCAGAAUGUGCUAAAUAUUGGGGAGAAAUCAUCUCCCAGCAAUACAAUUUUGACAGAGAUAAUAUAGAAGUUGCAUAUUUAAAGACACUUACCAAGGAAGAUAUCAUCAAAUUCUACCAGGAAAUGUUAGCAGUAGAUGCCCCGAGGAGACACAAGGUAUCCGUCCACGUUCUUGCCAGGGAAAUGGAUUCUUGCCCUGCUGUUGGAGAGUUCCCAUGUCAAAAUGAUGUAAAUUUGCCACAAGCACCAGCCUUGCCACAGCCUGAAGUGAUUCAGAACAUGACCGAGUUCAAGCGUGGUUUACCACUGUUUCCCCUUGUGAAACCACAUAUCAACUUCAUGGCUGCAAAACUCUGAAGAUUCCCUGCGGGUGAAAAAUUGCAAGUGGAUGCAUUCCUGAGUCUUCCAGGGCCUAGGAAACCAACCUUGGCCACUUUAGUAGUUUCUGGCUCAUUGAGAGACAAACAGAAAAAAAGAAGUUAUCGAAUGUCAUUAUGCAGAAAUAUUAAAAAUCCAAAGUAAUUAAAUUACAAAUAUUGUAGAAUAUUUUUAAAAUACAUGCCUCUUAAAUAUUUAAAAAUCUUUCUUUUCAUUACUAAGAGAAAUUUCCCUUAUAUAAACAUGCUUAAAAUGAUAAAUGAUAUUCUUAUAGAAUCUUCCUUCCUAUUCUGUAAAAUAGUCACUUGUCAGAAGAAAAGUUAGAUUUUUUUUUUUUAAGCCUCUGAGAUUGACUGAGAAGGCUUCAAAACAUUAGAAAGGUGAUACCUUUUAAAAAAUCGAUCCUCAAAUUUGCUUUCUAUUUGAAAAUUUCAUGUAAAUCAGUGGAGAACAUUACAUUUGGCAGAUAAUGAACACAGUAACGUAACCUUUUAUUAGUGAAAUCGCUGAUUAUAGAAGGCAUGGUUUUAAUCUUUUUAUAAAAUUUAAACAUGUUUUAUAUAUAAACUAGUAAAAUGCUGGAAAAACCUAGAACAUCCUACUUAUUUAGAGUGCUAGAAAUACUCACAUCAAUUUUGUCCCAAACUGAAUUUCUCAGGAUUAUUGUGGGUUGUUUCUUUCUGAUUGAAUUAUGUUGACAUUCUCGUAUUCAUAGUUGGUUUGCAGUGUUCCAUCAGUUUUACUUUUUCUCAUCAACAUGCUGUUGUAUUUAUUGAACAAGUACAAAUAGGGUCACCUUCAGAUCCUGCUGAGUGUGUGACAUGCUUUUCCAACAUCAGCUGUGGUCAACACCCUUAACUUUUUACUUCCAUGAAAUUGCAGUCGGUGUAUGAACUAAAAUAUUUUGCCCCAUUGUGAAUUUAAAAGGCAACAACUACAAAGCCACCUUUUGGGAAGUAUAAAAAAAGAAAACCUUGGAGUCUUAAAAUAGCGUGGUUUCCAAAAGACUCUAAAAUCCCUUGUUGCUACUAGUCUAAUCUUGCCUUAAGUGUUAUCUUAUUUUUUGAAAAUAUAAACAUACAAACACACAUGAUGACUGGAGUGGACUUCUAAAAAAUGUUUUUUUCAUGAGAUUCUAUUUCAGGUAAAAUUGUCACUGUAGAUUUAACAACUAUUUUAAAAUAUUUACUGUUAUUAAAACUUGCUUUAAGAGAAAUUGUGAGUAUACUUCCACAUACAGGCACUUGUAAGUGGCCCCAGUGUCCACUAACUCAGGCAAAGUAAAGAAUUGCAUUUUCAAAUGACAUUUUACCUCCAUCUGAAUUGAUUUGCCAGAACUUCUUUCUGUAGAGUCAUAUUUUUUCACAUCUUAAGUUUUUACACUUGUCUUUUCCAGAUAAUCUAAAUUUGGGGCAAGAAUGAUAUAAUCACAACUCCGGAGGCUGCUUUUGAAAGCGGGGCUCCGUUUCUACUGUCAGAUCAAUGUGGUGCUGUAACCGUCUUUUUACCCCUGCUUUCAGAGCCUCCUCUUGUGAAGCCUGUCUUUACUCAUCAGAAGGUAUGAGUCAUCACUUCCUUCUGGUUUUAUGUGUUUGUAGACUAUGCAGCUUUUCAUCAAACUGCAAAUAUAUACAAGAGAAAUCUAAAAUUAGUCCAGAGUGUUUAAAUCUACCACUGUAAGAAUAAACAAAAACCCACCUACCUUUUCUGUGGAAAAGUACGUGCUAUUGAGUAACUUUGAGCUUGUUUUUUAAUGGGCGAAAUUUAACAGUGUCAUUUUUAUGAGAAAGGCACUUGAGAGCUGAAAGGCAUCUCAUGUAGUCUUCCAGGAACCUGUGAUUGUUGUUCAGUCUGCUCCAGCAUUUUCCAGUGUCCAAAUUGGAUCUAGAGCUACCUUUGGAUCACUCAGGCAUACUAAUGGAUUCAUUUAAAAGGGUCCAAGCUGCAGUCCAUGAGCAAUAACAGACUACCCCGGGUACUGCUGUUUACUCAAUGCUUAGUAAAUGAGAUUUGUGAAACAGUUAAACUAAGUUAUUCGUUACCUGUGACUUUUUAAAAAAGUCAUCUUUUUGACUAGUUGAUGUGGAAGAGAGAGCAUGUGACACAGCCAGUAUGGUGGAGUGCUAGGGUUAUCCUGUUUACAAUAAAUCACCUGAAUUUAACCUCUGGAGUUUACAGUUGUGUUAUUUUUACAGUUUUAAUGAAAUAGUACAGUGGCCAAUCCUCAGCCUACCUCUCAAUGUCCCCACUUGACAGUGUUUCUUAUUCUGAUUGUUCCUAAUGUAGAAAGUAGUGAAUUCUGAUAAUUUUUUUAAAAAAGCAUAUCUGAGUAAGUGAUUUAGUCAAGUAAAUGGCUCUCAAGAAUAGAUCAUUUUUGUGAAACAGGAAUCUCAGUAUUUGAGGCUGAACUGCUUGCUGUAAGUAUCAUCACUGAUCCCAAUGCCUGUCAGAAUCCCAGUAGACUUUUUUGGCAAACACUGACAAGCUGAUUUUAAAAUUUACAUGUACAUGCAAACAGUCUUGAAUAUCUAAAAUAAUCCUGAACAUGAAGAAUAAAACUAUCCUUCCUGAUUGCAAGGCUUAUAUAAAACUGAUUAUCAAGACAUUGUGAUAUUGGCCUCGUGAUAGACAUAUGGAUCAAUGAAAGAGAACAGAAAGUCCAGAAAUAGAUGCACACAUUGACUUCAAUUAAUUUUUGACAAAAAUAUCAAGGUAAUUCACUGGGAGAAAGUAUAGUCUUUUCAACAAAUGGUUCAAGAACAAGAUUAUCCUUAUGGAAAAAAAAACUGAGCCUUAACCCUUAUUUCACAUCACAUGUGAAAUUAACUCAAAAAGGACUAUAGAUUUCAUGUAAAAGCUAAAACUGUGAAACUUCUAUGAAGAAACAUAAAAAAAUCUUUUCAAAGUUUGAUAGUUUAAAAACUUAGAAUGCAAGAGUCACUAACUGUCAAAAUGGAUAAAUUUGAAGCUUUUCCAUUUUAAAAUUGUCUUGUCUUUAGAAGAUUAUCAGUAAGGCAAGCCACUCUCUGGGAGGAAAUAUUCCAAAUAUAUAAAUCAGACAAAGGACUUAUAUAUAAAAAUAUGUGGAAAACUCCUAAAACUGUAAUGAGAGGACAAACAACCCAAUAAAAAUCUGGUAAAGAGUUGAAGAGAUGGUCAAUAUGCAUAUGAAAAAGUCGUUAGUCGUCAGGGAAAUGCAAAUGAAAGCCACAGUGAGAGGCAAAACUAGGGAAGAAGGAAAAUCAGUGGAGGUUGGGGUCAGGAGAUUGGCUCAAAGGUCAAGAGGAAACAUUGUAAUGUAUACAAUUAGUAAAUAUCAAAUUGUCCGUUUAAAAUUGAUUCAUUUUAUUGUAUGUAAAUUUUACCUCAAUAAAAAGGUAGAGGGGAAAAAAAAGAGUUUUCAAAAACCACCCUGAGAAACCAUUCCAUUCAGACUGUAUACCAUAGUUAAAAUUAGACUGAUAAUACCAAGUAAAAGCUUCUAGCUUCUAACCUCCAACUCCUGGCACACGUUAUUUAAAAAAAAAAAGUUUCUUUUUUUGCUAUAGAGUAGGUGCACUCAUUCUUUCUUGUAGCAAGGGAUCAUAUUUUGGAAAAUGUUUUGGAGGCAUCUUAAGAACUGUAAGGUAUUAUGAGUUAGAAAUAUAAAGUUAAUAACUGAACCAUUUUAUUAAAGUUCACUUUGGAAUACAAGUGUCAUUAAUUUUACUUAAUGAAGUGAUGGGGACAAUACUACUAUUGUUAGGUAGGUUAAGCAAGCCUGUUUGUUUGGUCCCUGUGGAUUUCACAAGGUUUUUUUCAUCAUUUGUACCAAAUUUUUAUAAAGUCACAGUCCAGUAUGCUGAAUGUUCUUACUGACCUGAGUCUCCUUUAAAAUCUCAGCCAGAAGGAGGAACAGUUGAAUGUAGUCUUCUGAUUCCCCUAAUCUACCACAUCAAAUUCUUUUUCACUUCCCAACUGCCUGGCUUCCCUGUUGUUGAUACUCUUCCCAUCACUAUUUUGGAGGAAGAUGGAAGUAUUACACUGCAGCUGUAAGUGUAAUGAUUGCAGUUGCAUCAGGAUGGACAUUUUCCUUCCUCGCCACAUACUUUGUGAAGUGUUGAGGCUGUCAGUUUUUCUGCUUUGGCCAAAUCCUAAAAAGAGUGACCAGACUGAGCACUAGACUAGCAUUUUUCUUACUGGCUAAUUUGUUCUUUAAAGUCCUUUAUUUAUUAUAGGCUAGCACCUUUGAACCAGUAUCUAAAGGCUGUCUCAGAGUUUCCCAGACACAGUAAAGUCUCCACUUUCCCAAAACGUGGAACUCAUUCAAGAAUUUUAGACUCUCCUUAGCCCUAUUUCAUGGCCAAAUAGGCUAAAUUUCCAUAAAUAGGAGCCUUCAUUUUGGCUCUCUGAACCUAAGGUUUGAGCUAGCAUAGAUAGAUAGCUGCCAUUGAGUCAGUUCUGACUCGUGACAACCUUAUGUUCAACUGAAAGAAACGUGACCUGGUCCUGCAUCAUCCUCAUGGUUGCCUGCAUGUUCAAGUCCAUCAUUGCAGCUAUCGUGCCAAUCCAACUCACCAAGGGUCUUCCUUGCCCCCGCCGAUGGUCCUCUACUUCAAACAUGAUGUCCUUCUCCAACAAUUGAUCCCUCCUGAUUACGUGUCCAAAGCAAGCAAAUUGAAAGAUAUUCUGUUGCAACUUAUAAGGUUUUCAUUGGCUGAUUUUUGGAAGUAGAUUGCCAGGCCUUCCUUCCUAGUCUGUCUUAGUCUGGAUGCUCUGCUGAAACCUGUACAUCAAUGGGUGAUAUACAGUGAAAUCUGUGAGAGCUGGAACUCAAUGAGACUGCCUUGUUUUUCUGGGUCUCAAAAGUUCUCUGCCUUUGACAAGGUGCAGUCUUACCGCUUUUCGAUCUUCUCUGUUGGUGGAAAAUAUUAGAGUUUUCCUCCUCUGACAGGUUUCCGCCUCACACAGCUUCUGGCUUUCGAAGGUUUUACUGCAUUUGAAAUAUUGAUGGCAUAGCUUCCAGCAUCAUAGCAACACAAAAGCCACCAAUAUCUGACAAACUGACAGAUGGGUGGUGGUGAGCUAGCGUAGCCUAGUCUAAUAGUAUACAUGCAUUAUAAAGUGAUUUCUUACUGGCUAUAGUUAGCUAAAAGUUUGGUCAGUUUGGCCUUUUGGUUCUCAAACACUUUUAUUUUCUCUGUUUAUACCUUCCAUGUAUACCAAGAACAUGAAACCAUAUACAAUUAACAAAUGGGCCUCAUGAUAUGGACUCACCACAAUUAGGUUCUAUAUGGAAUCUAAAUUCAGAUACAUAAUUUCUGUGCAGUUUGUAUGCCAACUUAGCAUUAUGAUAAUUGAGAGUUGCUAUUUCUGAGAAAUGAUAAUGCAGUUAGGCCAGUAUCCUAGCAUUGUGUGGUUCAAAAAUGCAACUUACAUACUAAGACUUAAGUUUGCUAUAUUAUCACUCCACAUACCAUGUAAUUUUGGGAAUUUCCUUGUCCUUAAGUGACCAUUUUAAAACCUAUUUGACCAUGAAUGACAUUCACAACACCAAAAAAGCACUCUUGAGAUAUAAUAUGUACAUGGAUUAUUAGUCUUUUAAAAAGUAAAACUCAUUUUUAAAAUAUGUAAUAGAAAAGAAAACAAAUGAGAGAUUGUUGGGUUUACAGUUAACUUUACCCAAAGGAUUUGGUCUUUGACCUUGGUUCCUGGGAGAUAACCUCUAAAACCUUGAAUUUUCUCCAGUGAUUGAAGUGCCUUUGAUGAAGCCUCUGAACCACACCUGAGGGUUUAUGCUGAUGCGCUGCCUCUAGUGUAGGAGUUGACCAGGCCCCCACCACGGGAGAGGGGAAGGGAGCUGAAAGUUGAGUUCAAUCAAUCAUGCUUACUUAAUGAGGCCCAAUAAAGGCUCAGGACACAGGGAAACUCCAGUGGGCUUCCUAGUUGGUGAAAGACAGCACUGCACAGGGGAGGUAGCAUGAAAGCCUCUGCAUUGGGAGCUCUCCCAGACCUCGCCCGAUUCAUCUCUUCUUUCGUAUCCUUUUUACUGCAAUAACACUAAUCGUGAGUAUAAUGCUUUUCCCUGAGUUCUGUAAGUCGUUCUAGCAAAUUAUCAAACCUGAGGAAAUAGUGGGAGCCACAGGUCAGAAGUGAGGGUGUCAUGGGGACUACCAAGCUUGUGGCUGGCGUCUGAGGUCUUAGGCAGACUUGGUUGUCUAGAGAACUGUGCCCUUUACUUGUGAGGUCGGACUUAACUCCAGGUGGUUUGGGUCAGAGGAAAAAGUGCUGCAUGUACAGCUGGUGUCAAAACUGAGGGGAACAGAAUUGAUAAUAAGUCUGUCUUGGAAGAAGUACAGCCAAAGUACUCCUUGGAAGUGAGGUUGGC